CUUAUUAAUAUACGUAUGAAAUACAUAUUCCAUUUGUCAUCUAAUCAACGCCACCUCAGAUCAGUCAUCGGCCAUUAUCCAAAUAAUUGUUUUUCUUUUUUGGCUAUAUGGGCUACUGUAGCCCCAUAUGUUAUAUGGACUAAUGCUUCCUCUCUUUUCUGUCCCUUCUUAUUCUCUCCGUCUCUAAAGAGACUCCACCUUUUUACAAAUUCUAGAGGAAUCUAUGGGAACGACAUUGUUAACCUCUGUGAAUUGAAGCAUCAAAUUAUUCGUUUUUUGCUACCGAGCUUGACUCAUAGCUGUUUGAAUUUGAACAUUGGCAUGGAGGACGACUACGCCAUGGAGUUUGACGAGUUGCCAUCCGCUCCUAUUCACACAAGACACUUAGCUGAGGUGUUCACCAUCAAGAUGAGUAAAAUCAAUGAUGAUUCUAAGCAAUGUGAAGUUUAUGGUACGAUUUUAGUACAAGAUGAGAAGGGUGACUUGUAUCUGUACAACCGAUGUCCAGAGAAUGCAGAGAAUGUCUACGAAAAUGGUAGCUUAUCUGUAAUUGGGCCAAGAGAGCGCCCUAUAUCUAGCUCUAGUAGUUUUGAGGUGUAUUUUGAUCUCAAGGACAAAAGUGGGAAUGAGUUGAUUAAUAACUCAUUGCUUGUUGAUAUGAACCGCUAUGAUGACACCCCUCUUAUUGAGAAAUGUUGUUCUGCUAGUGUUGAAGGGAAGAUGGGAGUGGCCACCGUUACAUUCGCAGUUCUGCAAGUCGGAGUUCUUGCAUGCAUUACAGUUGUGUUGGUCAAAGAAAAUGAUAGUAGCAGUGCCAGUGGUGAUAAUCAUGUUUAUGGACAUCUUGUUACUGCCUAUGAAAGGUUUCAACACAAGGAGGAAACAAGUAUUGUACUUUGUGACAAGUCCCGCGAACAAGCAGACAAAUUCCAAUUCAAGGAUUGGGACAAGUAUAAAGUCCCUCUGUCUAGAUAUUUUGUAGCAGUGCCUGCUUAUUCCCCCGUAAUUAUACAAGGCAAUAUUAACUGCUGUUAUUCCGAUGGUAGUACGGAAACAUUUCAUAUUCUUCAACAAUUCCGAGCUGGUAAAGGUCGUAUUUGCACCCAAGUAAUUGAUGGAACUUAUGGUCGUAUCAAAGUAAUUGUCUUUUGGGCGAGGGGUUCCGACUAUGAUACAUAUCGUGACUACGAUCUUGACUCUCGUCGGCUUUGCAAUUAGACUUUGUAGUUUCAUAGAAACUAGUUUAUGGUGAUUAUUACAUUGGUUUGUGCUUUAUGAUGCACUUAAUUAUUUUGUUUUUGUUUUUGUUUUUGUUUGAGACUUGCUAUGCACCUAACUAAGAAAAAUGGUUUAGCCAAAGGGCAGUUUAGCACACAAUCAGCCUCUCAAGGCUUGUUUGUCUAUGAUUGUAAUAACAAAAAUUGUGAUUAUAAUGCGACUAUUAAAAAGCCAA